AUGGCUGUUUGUCAUGGAUGUGACGCAACAAUAUCAGACGAAUACAUCUUCCGAGUUGCACCAGAUCUUCAAUGGCAUUCUUCCUGUCUACGAUGCUCCAUUUGCAACGCCAGCUUGAGUUCUUCACCUUCUUGCUUCGUAAAGAAUAGCAGUUUAUUCUGUAGAGACGAUUAUGAAAAGGAGUUUGCUAUUCAAUGUAGAGGUUGCAACAACACUAUUGAAAAGAACUCUUUGGUAAUGAAGGCCCAAAGCCAUAUUUUUCACGUCGACUGUUUCGCGUGUGUGGGUUGUUCUGGGCGACUUUCACCCGGCGACCAGUUCUCCGUCAGCAGCGAUGGCCUGUUGUUCUGCCAAUCCGAGUGUUGCAUUCAAGACCGAGUGAGUAUUUCGGAAGACAGUUGGAGUGAUGUAAAUAGCAAUGUCAGUAUUGGAACAUUCAAGGACACAGCAUCGAGUGUCGAUCUGGAAACCUCUCCAAUGACAUCAAACUCGGACAAGGAAGUAAAAAUCGAAGCAUUUUCAAAAGACAGCAAGGGUAAAACGACAAAUUCAAAGAAAAACUCAAAAGAUAAACCUACUCGAGUUCGCACAGUUCUAAAUGAAAAACAGCUUUCAACGCUGAAACGUUGUUACGCAGCAAACCCGCGCCCUGAUUCUGUGAUGAAGGAGCAGCUUGUAGAUUUAACUGGACUAAGCUCGCGGGUCAUCCGCGUGUGGUUCCAAAAUAAGAGAUGCAAGGACAAGAAGAAGAUGAUGCUAAAUGGCGGUGACGGUGGCAAGAUUGGGGAUAUUUUGCAGAACCGAAUGUCAAUACACUCGUCUUCUAUUAAUGACGAAAUUAGCUUGCCUGGUUGUUCUCCGCCUCUACCAGUAACUGUGCGUUCAUUGCCUCUUAUGUCGAUGUCGUCACACGUUGCAAGCAGCUAUGGGAGACAGCAUAGUCAAGACCUGAGGCUGAUGGCUGCGCAGCCAGAAUACAGGGAGGCCCCGUCAUUUGCAGACUAUAACCUGUGGAACCGAUACGACAACUUCGAUUACCCGUAUCACCAAGAAGGUGUGUCGUCACAAGCCAGCCAUUACCAGCAGCUUGUUAGCUAAAGACAAACCAUUGUAAAAUAUCUACUAUGGGUAAUUAAUUUGUCAGGGCGAGAAAAAGUUGUGAUAAUACUGAUAAUGAUAGGGUGUUAAAAAUAGUAGCUGAACACCAUCUGAUGGACAUCUCUUUUGUCUGAGGACGCCUCUAGGUCAGGCUGGAACUUUGGUCCUACUGCUUUUGUGGUGUCGAUCCCCUGUGCUCCCAGAAAGUUGCCACAUUAAUCUAUUGUCAAGCUAUUUUAGAGCAGAAACGAUUUCUAAAGGUUGAUUUAUGAUCACAGAUAACAAAUGCUAUUCCUGAUCCAGUGCAAACUUCAGUUCACUUAAGUUUAACUUUUAAAACCUUGCAAGCUACUUAUUCCUGACUUGUACAGUAAAUUCAAAUCAGGAUUAAAAUCAUCCAUUGAGAAUUAAUUGCUUUUUGGGUAAUUUUUCACAACGUUGUGUAUAAUGUAUAUAUAAAGCUUUCAGAACAUUGGUACAAGGAUGAACUGGUUUAGAAAUAAUUAGAUUAUAAACUUGCUUGCUUUGCGUAAGUUUAAACAUAUAUUUGUGAGCAUGUAUUCAGCUGUGACUGUUACUAAGUGACGCGAUUUUCUUUGUAUUCAAAAGCUUGGUAAUCGCUUGGGUUGCAGUUAAUUAAAGACAUCGCAGAACAGGCAACUGCGAACCAUUUUAGUACUUUUAUCUAAUGCAAUACAUCAAUUCAAUUAACGGCCUCGUUUUGAAAAAUACUUGAAACUUCUAUGUACGCAAUUGUACUUCAGAUUCGGAUAAAGGACAACAUUUUAGUCUCGAUCUCAGUCUUUAUGGUGCUAGUGCUCGUGGUAUUCAUUUUUGAUAAAAUAAGGUAUAGAAAUUCAGAGGUUUUACUAUGAUUAGCGACUGAGGAGGACGAGAUCCUCCGCAAGAUUAACAGAGGUAGGCGAGGCCUUCCGCAAGUUUUCAACUAUUUCUCCUCAUAAAAUCUACGUUUUGUAUGUGCCCCAGCUUUGGCAAAACAUAUGUUCAUAGAUCCUAGUUUGAGGUAAAAGUAAAACAGUCGUAAAGUGAGGUUUGGAGUAAUUUACAAAACAUAACGAAUUGGUGUUGUUACUUGUUUUGUUUAGUUAAGUUUUAUUUACUUGCGUUUCAAACAAACUGUAGAUGUAGACAUUUGUAAAUAUAUUAUAAUGAAUAAUGAAUGGCA